AUGGAAUCUGUUUUAUUCAAAAGCUCUGGCUGUUGCCUGAAAUCAUGGCGCAGCUCGACGCUAACUCUUGGAGACCACAGGGGAGGCACUGUGCACCCACCCGUGGCGCUCAGUGUGCUGGACCCGACCAUGGGUGCCAUGGGCGCUAUGGACAAACGCCCUGAACGCCCUGGCCAUCUCCAUGUACUCUCCUCGAGUGGCUUCCUCCGGGAUAGGCUACCGACCUACAACAGUGGAUGUGGUCGUGGAGAGUCUUUUGCCAAGACCAUUGUGGCUGUUGUGCGCCUCCACCUCCAAAUUCUUGUUCUCAUCGAUUCUGGCAUAGACGGAUGGGUGGAGCAAGCGGCUGAUGCGCUCUGGCAAUGA